UUUCAAUACAAACACUUGAGUUCUUUUCAAACAAACAACAAAAUCUCGAAAUGAAUUCACAAAAAAGUUUAAUGAUUUUAAGUGUUUUAGUUGUAAUUAUUGUGGUCACAUCUGCUUGCUUUAUAACUAACUGUCCACCGGGUGGUAAGAGAUCGCUGAGAGGCGAUAGUCCCAAGAAACAGAGAUCGCUGAGAGGUGAUAGUCCCAAGAAACAGUGCACCCGUUGUGGGUCAGGAGCCGGGCGUUGCUUUGGGCCCAACAUAUGUUGCGGGGAAUCCAUUGGCUGUCAUAUGAAUAACAAAUUGACGGCAGUUUGCAGUACUGAAGACUAUAGUCCUCAUCUCUGUACCAAUGAAGGUAAACAGUGCGCUAAUGGGAAAGGUAUCUGUGCUGUCGACUCAAUCUGUUGUACAUCAGAGAGCUGUUUUGUUGACAAAAGAUGUCAAACAAAUCAAAUGAAAGGAUCCGUUGACGAGAAGAUUUGGUCCAAUUAUUUGGAU